CUCAUAACAUGGGGGCAUUUUUCGGGUCACGGAAAGCCCUUGCGGGAGCUCAUGAUAAGAAAAUCCGGCAACAAACGACCCCAAACGGGGAUAUGGCAGCGAUGUCGGAGCCUCCGUGCUCUCAAGCAAAUCCAUGCCUUCAUGAUCGUCCGAGGCUUCCUCUCCGACCCCUCCGCCCUUCGGGAGCUCCUUUUCUCCUCUGCCGUCUCCAUCCCCGGCGCCAUGGCCUACGCCCGCCGCCUGUUCGACCAAAUCUCCCAUGCGGACCUCUUCAUGUGGAACACCAUCAUCCGCGGCGCCGCCCACACCCCCACCCCUAUGGACGCCAUCUCCCUCUACGUCCGGAUGGAGAGAUGCGGCACCAGGCCCAACAAGCUCACCUUCCCCUUCCUCCUCAGGGCCUGCACCAAGCUCUCCUCGGCCUCCACCGGCGCCCAGUUCCACGCCAAGAUUGUUAAAUUCGGUCUGGAAUCGGAUACUUUCGUCAGGAACGCCCUCAUUAACCUGCACGCCAAUUGUGGGGACCUGGCAGUGGCCACCGCUCUAUUCGACGGCCCUGCAAGACGGGAUGUUGUCGCGUGGUCUGCUCUGAUUGCUGGCUAUGCAAGGAGAGGUGAACUGGACGUUGCCCGUCAGUUGUUUGACGAGACGCCGUCGAAGGACUUGGUCUCCUGGAAUGUCAUGAUCACUGGUUAUGCGAAGCAAGGUAAGAUGGUCAAGGCUCAGGAGCUGUUUGAUCAAGUGCCAGAGAGGGAUGUUGUGUCAUGGAAUGCGAUGAUUGCUGGGUAUGUGCAGUGUGGAUCGCAAAUGCAAGCGAUGGAGGUGUUUGAUCAGAUGUGUCGGGCAGGAGAACGGCCUGACGAGGUGACCAUGUUGAGCCUGUUGUCAGCUUGCGCCGAGUCUGGGGCUCUUGAUUUUGGCCAGAGGAUACACCACACUCUUCUGGAGAUGUGUUUGAAAAGGGGCUUGAGUGUAGUUAUUGGGAAUGCGCUGAUAGAUAUGUAUGCAAAGUGUGGGAGCAUAGCGGGAGCCAUAGAGGUCUUUAGAGGCAUGAGGGAGAGGGACGUUUCUACUUGGAAUUCGAUCAUCGGAGGGUUAGCUUUCCACGGGCACAGCAAAGAAUCCGUGCUUCUGUUCAAGGAUAUGCUCGGAGAGAAGGUGAGGCCGGAUGAGAUCACUUUUGUUGCUGUCUUGGUUGCUUGCAGUCAUGGUGGGUUGGUCAAAGAGGGCAAGGAAUACUUCUCCCUCAUGCAAAAUGAGUAUGCAAUUGAGCCAAAUAUUAAGCAUUAUGGGUGUAUGGUGGACAUGCUGGGACGCGCUGGCCUACUAGAAGAGGCAUUCGAGUUCGUAGAUGCUAUGAAGAUUGAGCCAAAUCCUAUCGUGUGGAGGACGUUGCUUGGAGCUUGUAGGAUCCAUGGGAAUGUCAAGUUGGGAGAGCGUGCAAAUGAACAACUUCUAAAGAUGGGACAUGAUGCGAGUGGGGAGUAUGUGCUGCUCUCCAACAUAUAUGCUUCGAUGGGGGAGUGGAAUGGAGCGGAGAAGGUGAGGAAGUUGAUGGAUCACAGAGGAAUCACCAAGGAGGCUGGCUGGGCUUUAAUUGAGGCAGAUGGUAAAGAGCUGAUGCACUUCUUGCUGCAUCCAGAGCCUGUUUCGAGAUCGAAAAGGAACUGUUCAAUGACUAUUGGUACAACUUCAUAAUCAGGACUACUCCAAUUUGGAUUUUCUGAAAUGUAUCUGAAGGAAUUGUUAGUCUGGAGCACUCAUUGACUAUAACAUGGAUUGCUGCCAAUAUUUAGGAGCCAAUGCAAAAAGGUGCCUAACAUUUUGAGGUCGAAGAUAUGGCUGAAGAAGGCCAUCCUGGUUUUAAUACUGCCUACAUAUAUUGGUUUAUGAGCCUUUUUCCACAGAAGCAGCACCAUGCUCAAUCAGAUUGUUUCAAUUGCCAACCGCCAGGCAUGCAGCCCAAUGUACUUGGGAAUUUGAUGAUACGAAAGAUGCCAAAAUAGUUUCAUGGAAGCUUUUAAUGAUUCCAGAGUUCCGCAUGCACGUUUCAUACCUGGAAAUAGUGAUCAGCCUCUAACAUCUGGAAAUUUGGAAACGGAAGAGACUGGGGAUUGCCUUUUGCCUAUAGUUAUGUGGACCUGAUUGAAGGAAGGAAGCAUUUUUUACCAUGACAAGAAACAGAUGGACUGAAAUCAGCUAGAUUUUUUUGGGGGCAUGCUGACUUCAUUUUCAGGUGGGGUUGAAUUUUAGUGCAUGCCCAUGGAAGCAAAGGCCACAUAAGUAGAGGAUUCAAAAGCCAGAGCAGACAAAAGUUAAAUAGCAUUCUUCAGAUGAAGUGCUGGAGUUUCUUUGUUCUGUCUCAGCUAUAAUCAUUGUUUAUAUUAUCAAAACAGUAGAGGGAUUUCAAUUGAUUCACAUUUUCGGUAAGUAUUGCAAUCCUUCUGUGAACUAUAUAUGCUGUGAAACAAUUUGUUCAUAUCACACUCAUUUGAGUUGUCCAAAACUAUAUUUUUAA